UUCCUCUUCCCCCGUCGUGACUGUUCUACUGCGCGAGUGGAUGUGCAGUAGAAUAACAUCGUCAGAGGUCGGCCAUUGUCGGGGACGAUGCGAAUUAUUCUGAUCGGAGUUUGAGGUGCAGGAUAGAUAUUCAUUUGUGCAUUGAGUCGUACACGAGUUACCACGAUGCAUCCGACUUUGGGAUUGAGUUCAAAUGUACCGGCCUUCCUUGCCAAGCUUUGGAAGUUGGUCGAGGAUCCGGACACCGACCACCUCAUCUUCUGGUCACCCAAUGGGAAAAGCUUUUUCAUUAGAGAUCAAGCAAAGUUUGCGAGAGAUUUGUUACCGCAUUACUACAAACAUAACAAUAUGGCCAGUUUUAUACGACAGUUGAAUAUGUAUGGAUUUCAUAAGAAGGUAUCUGUAGAACUGGGUGGCCUAAAAUGUGAUAAAGAUGAUAUGGAGUUUGCACAUCAGUACUUUAUCAAAGAUAGACCUUAUUUAGUCGAGCAUAUUAAAAGAAAAAUUGCUUCUAAUAAAAAUCAAGAUUCUACACAUUCGCCUAUUAAAUCAGAUAUAAUGAACAAAGUGUUAAAUGACGUAAGAAACAUGAAAGAUCGUCAAGAAGACAUGGAUAAUAAAUUAAGUGCAAUGAAGCUUGAAAAUGCAACAUUAUGGGGGCAGUUGGUAGCAUUGAGGCAAAAACAUUUAAAACAGCAACAAAUUGUUAACAAACUUAUUCACUUUCUUGUUACUCUUGUGCAACCAUCAAGAGGUGGUUUAUCUGUUAAGAGGCGAUAUCCACUAAUGAUAGAUGAUUCAAGUUGUCCACAUAAACAAAGCAAAAUAAUCUAAGGUAGUAUGAUUAUUGCGCCUCCUCAAGCAUCUCCUACAGGACCAGUAAUUCAUGAACUUGAUGCAUCAGACCUUGAUGUCAAUGCAGAGUACGUUGCUACUGAUAUAUUAGAAAGUGAAACUCCAAAUGUUCAAAGUCCACAGGAACAAUAUGAAAUAGAUGAUGAAAAGAUGGAAACUGUUCAUUUAAUUAAAGAUUCUAUUCAAAAUCCUGAGAUUGAUAAAAAUAAAAAAUAUAUUAUCAAAGGCAAAAAGAAGAGAAAAGACAAGGUGCCUAUCAGAAUUUCAAUACCACCAUUGGAAAAUGGAGAAAAACCAAGGGAAGAAUUGCAUAUGCUUGAAUUAGGUACUGAUGAAGAUGAGCCUAUGGCUGUUGCUUUAUUGAAAAAUGAAUCCAUUGGUUCUAAACCAGUACCCAUGGCGACUGUGCGCAGUUCUAAACUCGCAGCAAUGGCAGCGAAUAUUAAUAAAUCUCAAGAUGAACAUGAUACUGAUAUGAACAUCCCAACUGAAUUGGAGGAUGACAUGGAAGCUUCGGACAAUGAUGCAUCAAUGGUGAAACUAGAAGAUAUCCUAAUUGUCCCGGAAAUGCUUAAUGAUAAUAUUGAAAAUAAUAUUGAGAAUAAGCAAGAUAAUAACAACAAAUCUAAUAAAGCUACUAAGAGACUUAAUCAAAUCGAUGGUGGGAAAAGUGUUUUAGUGAAAAACAAUAAUGAACAAUUCAAUGAAAACAAAAUGAUAAAUUGUCCACAAAAAGAAAAUAACAGUGAUAAGACAGAUGCAAGUUCAUCGAAAAAUUUAUCUGUGAGCUGUGUUAAUUUUUCUGGAAAAUCUGAAGCUAAUUACAGGUUAGAACCAACGGAGGAAAUGGAUUCUCAUCUGGAAACAAUACAGAAUGAUUUGGGCAAUUUGCAUGAAUAUGUACUUGCUGAAAAGUAUAAUAUUGACACUAAUGUAGCUAAUAUAUUUGGGCAGCUAUUUAGUGGAGAUGAACUAUUUGGAUUACCAAUUAAUUCAGAGUUGGCUCCAAAUUGUGGACGAGAAGAUGAUGAUAAUAUAAAUGUUACCAAUGGAUCUACUGGUGGGGAAUUAAUGACAUAUAAUUCAUCAUCUAACCUACUAGAUUUUGAUGACAUAUUCUUGGAAAAUCCAUCGUUAUCGAAUCCAGAUUUACCUACAAAUAGUCAGUAUUCAGAUUUAGAUUUAGAGGAAAGUAAACUUCUUGAUUCAUCUGAUAAAUAAUGUAAAUCCAAAAUCAUAAAUUUGUUAAUUAUGAUUUAUAGCUUUCUUGAAA